AUCGCUCUUCGUCUAUGGGACGUGUCCAAGUUACAAACAGUGGCCAAUCGCGUGUGUUCCGGAUUCUUCCUCCAUUGCUCCACGUGAUGCGCUGGAUCUUACUGCAGGCGGAUUGUUUCUUCAGUGGUCAGGGCUAUGGAGUUGAAGAUACGGUUAUGUGUGGUGCUACUCUCUCUGGGUCUAGCCCUCACAGAUUAUGUGAGGGCAAAUGAAAAGCCUGAUGACAUGGAGAUGGAUGUUGAGAAUGCUGAAGACGACAUGCAGGAAGAUGAUGAGGAACAUAGGCCCCCUCCAUCCCUGUCAGCACCCACCGUGACAUACAAAGCUCCAGAGCCAAUGGGCGAGCACUACUUUGCGCAGUCUUUUGAUAAAGGAACACUUCAUGGGUGGGUUUUAUCCCAGGCCAAGAAGGAUGGUAUUGAUGAGGAAAUAGCAAAGUAUGAUGGUAAAUGGGAAGUUGAAGAGAUGCAGGACACCAAACUACCGGGUGAUAAAGGUCUGGUUUUAAAGUCCAGAGCCAAACAUCAUGCCAUUUCAGGUCUCCUGCUGAGACCCUUCAUCUUUGAAACCAAAUCUCUCAUAGUCCAGUAUGAGGUGAACUUUCAGACAGGCAUUGACUGUGGUGGUGCUUAUGUUAAACUGCUGUCUCAAACAGAUGACCUCAACCUGGAGCAGUUUGUGGAUAAGACUCCAUACACCAUCAUGUUUGGUCCUGAUAAGUGUGGUGAGGAUUACAAACUACACUUCAUCUUUAGACACAAGAACCCCAAAACUGGUGAGCUUGAGGAGAAACAUGCCAAGAAGCCUGAUGCAGACCUGCGCACAUACUACACCGACAAGAAGACUCACCUCUACACACUGGUGCUCAACCCUGACAAUACCUUUGAGAUUUUGAUUGAUCAGGCUGUGGUAAACAGCGGUAAUCUGUUAAAUGACAUGACUCCCCCCAUAAACCCCCCUGCGGAGAUUGAGGAUCCCGAUGACCACAAGCCAGAGGACUGGGACGAAAGACCCAAGAUCCAGGACCCAGAUGCUGUCAAACCUGAGGACUGGGAUGAAGAUGCUCCUGCUAAAAUUCCUGAUGAAGAUGCUGUGAAGCCUGAUGGGUGGCUGGAUGACGAACCUGAAUACAUUGGUGACCCUGACGCCAUCAAACCAGAAGACUGGGAUGAAGAUAUGGAUGGUGAGUGGGAGGCUCCCCAGAUUCCAAACCCUGCCUGUGAGCCCGUCCCUGGUUGUGGCACAUGGGAGAGAUCAAUGAUUGACAACCCCAACUACAAGGGCAAGUGGAAGCCACCCAUGAUUGAUAACCCCAACUAUCAGGGAGUUUGGAAACCCAGGAAGAUUCCUAACCCAGACUUCUUUGAGGAUCUGCACCCGUUCCGUAUGACUUCAUUCAGUGCAGUGGGUCUGGAGCUCUGGUCCAUGUCCUCUGAUAUCUUCUUUGACAACUUCUUUAUCACCUCUGACCGCAGUGUGGCUGAUCGGUGGGCUUCCGAUGGCUGGGGUUUGAAGAAAGCAGCGGAGGGAGCUGCUGAGCCUGGUUUGGUAAAUCAGAUGAUAUCAGCUGCUGAAGAGAGACCUUGGCUCUGGAUUGUCUAUGUUCUUACAGUGGCUCUGCCUCUGGUGCUCUUCAUUGUCUUCUGUUGCACUGGAAAGAAGAGCUCGGCAUCCGCAGACGCGGAGUACAAAAAGACAGAUACUGCUCAACCAGACAUAAAGGAUGAUGCUGAGGAGGAAGAGAAACCUGAGGAAGAGGAGGCCAAGGAUGAAGAACAAGACGAGAAGAAGAGUGACGAAGAUUCUACAGAUGAAGAGUCUGCAGAGAACGGACAAAAAGAGCAGCAUAAAUCUAACGAGAAAUCAGAUGACGACAUUCUGAGAAGGUCUCCCAGAAACAGAAAACCGAGAAAGGACUGAUCGACUUCCUGAAUCUCCUCAACCGUAUCCCAACUCCCCUCUCCUCCCUAUCCUGUUCUUCAUCACUGAAGUGGUAGCAGUCAGAGAGAAACAAUGCAGUCCACCAUGCAACCAACAGCGAAAUGGACUCCUCAAUCAAGCUUGAGGAUGUUGAUGGCUGCCACCAUGGUGACGAUAAUGAUAAUAAUGAUUGAAUAGCUUAGAAACCUUUUCCAUGUCUCCAAAAGAAACUACUUUUUACCAUUCCCAGACUGUGAAUUUGACAAUAGUGAAAAGAUCUCAUUACCUUAUUUCAGCUGUACACACUUCCAGACAGUGUUCCUACGUUCCUACGCCCUCACAUACAACAACAUUUGCACACUAUGUUUUGUAUGGAUUAAAGGCUUUUUUCUGCGUUUUAGGCAAGAUGGUGUAGAUGCACAAAAGAAGCCAUAGAAGGUCAACUAUUGUAAACUAUUGAUUUGAAUAGUUAAUUUGAUAUUCAUCAUAAAUUCAAAAGCUGGUAACUUUACACCAUAUAUUCUUCCACAAGAUUCAUGUUUUGUUAUGUUGUAAAAACUGGACGUAUGGCCCAACCAUAACCUUAAUAUAUACCCAGACACGCUCCGUAAGUAAUCCAGGGAGAAUGUCAGAUAGAUCUGUUGUGCACUGCCUUAUUUGAAGGAUGGAAGUUUUGCUAAUGUGUUUUCUGUGAAUGUACGUAAUGUGAGUUGUCUUUAUUUUUUUUGUUUUCUGUAAUUUGAAUGGACUUGCUGAAUCGUGAAUUGCUGUAAUGUUUGUUUUUGGUCUUAAACUGGUCCAAUAACAUAGACAUAAUGGGACUAAAACCUGUCAGAUCUUUUGUUUUUCAAGAUUUACCAGUAUAUGGGAGGACGUUUGGAAGGACGCAAGGCACAAAGAUUUAAUUUACUGCCCAUUGUGACCUGAUAUUUUGAUGAGGUCAAUAGAUUGUCAUGGUGCAUAUAGGUGAAUAAUAUAGUGGGUUGCCUGGUAACUGGUGAAUAAUUCAGCUUUCUUUGAUGUUUCUGCUUUUUCUGUGAUAUUAUAUCUAAUCUGGGCUAAAUUUGUAGCAGUAGCAGUUUCCUGUUUAUAGAACUAAUUACAUUCACACUAUGUGAGAGGACUAAGUAACAGUUACAAUAUAUCAGUGCACAUUUAAUGACUAUAUAGCUUGGUCCCCUUUUAUGGCAAAAUAAGAUUAUAUUUUUUAGGACCUGAACGAUUUUUUUAUAUUUGGAUGUUUUCCCCCAGUUAUUCUGUGUGUUUAAUCGGAUUAGAUUUAUCAUAAUUUAGCCAUUUGUUUGCUGUAUCAUGUACCAUCAUGAUAUAUACAUCCUCUAACCUUAUGCCAAAAAGACAUAUCUUAAUACAAAACAUCUUAAUGGUCCUGUAAUAUACUUAUUUUUGCUCAAUUUAAUUUAUUUUGAUUUCUUUUGCUUUUGGGAUGAAAUAUGGCAUGGAUGUGUUCUGGACAAUUUGAAAUAGUACUAAAGAUUUUAUGAGAAAACAAGAUUUUGUGUGUAAACUUAAAGCAAGAUGUUAAAUCAUUUCUUCAACCAAUUUUACACUGACUCGGCCCGAAAUGCUUAACCCUGAACGAUAAAAAGGCACUCUUCAGAGUCUUACCCUGAUCUCAAGAUAAUUAACAUAAUAUCUAUGCUGUGUUGCGGGUUCUCCUAAAGUAAGCCUACUUGUUUUUUUUUACCCAUAAUGGCAAAUAAGCCUCAACUUGUAUUCCAUCAAGCGAGGGCCAAUGCCAUAACAUGAGCUUUGCCCUAAAACUAAUUUAAAGUUGACACUUUCAAAGAUAAUUAAAAAAAAUCAAAGCUAUAGCAGAUCAUACAGACUGAUAUCUGCUGUACAAAUACUUACUCUAAUUUCUCUAAUGGUCCUAAUCUCCAACCAAACAUGUAAUUUCUGUUUUGAGCAGUUUUACUUAUUAUUCUUUGUUCUUUUUUGUAUCUUUUGAUCUUUACGUUUCACAGGUGUAGGUUAUUUUUACCAUGAACGGAUAUAAAAAUGGAAUAAGAAAUGGAUUUGUUGCAUUGGGGACAUUGAGAUUAUUAGUCGGAGUGAUGAGUUUGCCUUUAGAAAGUUUUGAAAUAAAACUAUUUUACUUUCAAUCUAAAAUAAACCGAUUUAAUGAACUAA